GUGGAAAAACUCCAUAAACGAAUUGCAAAGUUAGAAGGAGACAAUUCACAAAAUCGUCAACUUGUAGACACUUUAGAGGCUUCUCUUAAUGAUUCGGAGGGUAAUCUACGCGUUGCUAAAAAACAAUUACAAGUUUUACAACGUGAAAAAUCAGAUCUGGUAAAUCAAAUGAAGAGUUUGAAGAUGCAAUUGGAAGAUGCGGCAGCACAAUAUGAACAAGCUAAAUCUUCAGUUCAACAAGAAAAGAAAGUCAUUGAGAAUGUUUUGCUAGAAGAAAGAAGAGCCAAAGAACAAGCUGAAAAAUCAAAACGAAUACUUGAAAGCCGUAUGGAAGAACUUAUGGCUAAGAAAAGCAAAUUUAUGUGCUUCUAA